ACUACGACGCCACUAUAGUUGUAACAUAAUUAGCUAUAACAUAGUUUAGAAAUUAAUUAGAUAGUUUAGAAAUUAAAAUCGAACACGAAAUAAGAUCAGAUACGGAUGAAAUUUUCCCAUUGAGGUUGCGCGACUCUUACACCCGACAAUUUUUGCGCGUUUUCAAUUAUUUAGUAUUAUUCGAAUACACGCUGUUCCCACUUGCUUCCAUUUGUUUUACACCAGGAUAUUAAUUAAAAUAUUGUUACUCGGAAAAAUAUAAAGCAGCUCUAGACAAUCGUCUGACGUAUUCGCUAUUAAAUAUUUCGCGAGAAUUCUGCACAUGUACAGUUUUCAAGGCAUCCUUAUCCGCCUGUACCUCCGGCGAAGCUUCUGCGACGAGUCAAUAAUUGAUUAAGAUUUUUUUCACUUUUGAAACUUUCGUCACAUGCGCGUCUCGAAACACGCAGUUCCCCGUGGCAUUUAUGAAAAUUGCUCGUCAUUACUCGCCCCUACGCAAGAAAAGACGCAACGUUCUCCCUUCGUUUAUUUUCUUUUUCAAUACCCACGGCCACGCACGUGGCACUUCACUUCCGACCGGUGGGAAUAAUUAAUUUACCGGAAAUUACGGUCAUUCAACCGUCAGUCACCGUACGGUUCUCAGUGUGCGCAAAAAACGCGAUGAUCGCUCACUUUUCAUCGAUAAUAUCGCUCUGUCGUGGAGGAGAAUUUGCAAAAAAGAGAAAGAAUAAAACUGACCACCAAUCAAUGUGGAUGUGGUUAUUUUUUUUCCGACGCUCGGUCGGGACGCGAAUUAUUAAGAGUGGAAUUAAGUGGAAGUGGAAUUAAGAACGUCCAGGCGGAUAAUGAACCGUGUCUCGAUUCUUGCCGCUAUACCACAUAAUGUAUAAUAACGAUUGAUCGCUGGUCAACAAAGUGGGGACGCGGCACGUGCAAUUGGAGAGUUCAGCUGGUCAGAGUUCAUUAUCGCGACCGACAGUGCCGUGCGUGCACUUUUACAGAACUUUCGUCGCGUCUCGGUACCGUUGGCAGAUGACAUUCACCAGCACGGUCAGCUCAUCGCUGAAGAGCGGUCUUCAGUUCCUCAGCGUGUGGCCAGAUGUGUCGUACGCUGCAGUUUUCCGGCUAACUUACAUGUCGUUCAUCCUGAUCGUGCAAUACUUCCAAUAUUUGUACGUGUUCGCGCACCUGAGGCUGAGCGAGCUGCAGGAUCUCGUGGACAGCUUGCCGCCGACAUUAGACUCCAGCCUGACGAUCAUGAAGCUGAUGACCCUUUGGACGAAUCGUCGCGUGGUACGCGAGAUACUGAGCUCUAUGGACACUGAUUGGCGCGAGUGCGUGAACGUCGAUCAGCAGUUGCGCAUAAUGACGACGAAAGCUAGCGUCUCGCAUUUUUGCUCGAACGCUCUGUUGAGCUUCAACACGUUCGUCGCGGUGCUCUACUACGUCGGUGAUUACACUCUCGCUCUCAUGCAUUUCGCCACGGCCGGCAAUGACACUUCACGACCGUUUCCCAUGAAGAUACUAUUCCCCUUUGAAGCCGAGCGAUCACCAAUCUACGAGCUCCUCGUCGUCGCCUUGUUCCUCCAUGCCAUGUUGAACGUGUACACGCUUACUACGCUGAAUGCCUUCAUCUUCACUCUGGUACUUCACGUGAGCGGACAAAUCGAUAUCAUAUGCCAAGAGUUCCAAACUAUCACUGAGAAGGUAACUUACGGAUCGACUGGGCAUGCGAUAGGAAUGCUGAUCGAGAAGCACAAUAAAGUCAUCGGUUUUUCCGAAAAUCUCGACAAACUUUUUUCUUUCAUGGCUUUGAUGCAAAUCUUUUGGAACACCUUGGUCAUCUGCUCUCUAGGACUCCUUGUGAUAACAGCUGUUCAUAAUGAAGCUGGCGUCGGUCUGGUGAGAACCUUAUUGGCUUACGGCGCUAUAAUGAUGGAAAUUUUUAUCUUUUGCUUUGCGGGAGAAUACCUUAGCAUUAAGAGUAAAUUACUGGCUGACGCAGCGUACGAUUCUUUAUGGUACAACAUGUCGUCCAGUGAGGGUAAAAAUAUAUUAUUCAUAAUUAUGAGAUCUCAGAAACAACUGACUAUCACGGCGGGAGGAAUCACAAAUUUAUCGUUAGAGGCUUUCGCGAGUAUCAUGAAAGCUUCGGCUUCAUAUGUGUCCGUCUUGAAUGCGACGUAUUGAUAUCAUUUAAAAGUCUAACACUGCGACGUUAAGACUAAAUGACGUAAUUGUUACAAGAUGGUAAUCUAAAAACUGUUAUCAACCAAAUUAUACACCAUGAUGAUUGUAGGCUGUACAUAGAUACCGACUCUAUCUGCACAGGUUGCAGACGCUAUUCUUAUAUUUAGUACGAUACAAUAAAUAUUGUUUUGUUGCUUCGUUGUUACAUUGCAUUAUCGGAUAUUUUACCUGGAGAAAAGAACACGUGUGUUGUCUCGUACCGUGUUCGACGAAUUUGUUAUAUUGAAUCUUCAUAGUUGAUUCAGAUUCUCUUUGUCUUGGUACUCUUUCCAGGUAUAAGCUUCACAGGAAGUCAAACUCUGAAACACAGAAGGCGAUUAACUAUCAUUACGUUACGCGUUCUCAGUAUAGAGGAGACACAACGUUGCUCUUUCACUUAUUUCUUUGAAAGAGUUUAUAAUCAUGGUAACGAUACGAGUACAAUCGAUUUGAAUGUUUAAUGAAUAAUUGCGAUCGUGUUACCAAUCGUGUUUGUUACUCCUCAGGAUAUAUGAAGGACGCGAAGAUUCGCUUUUUCCUCCCUUUUUUUCAACCUCCCUUUUUUUAAGAGGGCAGACGAGUUCGUUUGCACUGACAUGAAGCGUAUGAUUUAUCGAGGUGGACGAAAAGACUAUUAUCGUCCAUCGCGUGAUAUAAAGUUCAUUCUGAUUCACGAUUGGAUACAUUGUUUUCAUGCAAUUACAGGACAGCCGGGCAAAUAAUAAACUCGAAAUAUUCAGUCAGACUGCGCGGGGCGUAUAAUUGCAAUUGAUCGAUGGACAUUUGAGCGGAGAUACAUGGUGUUGAGCUUUCUAGAGAAUCACGAAGUAAUUUCAUCAUAUUAUGCAACAUAGUAAUUGCUGAAUAUGUUGAAAAAAUCGAAAGAAAGUGCAUUUCCGUUAAUCUUUUUUGAAAAGCCGUAUUCUUAUAUAAAAGUUUUUGUAUUCAAGAGCUUUACUUUACAAGUAAUUUUUUAUGCAACAAUAUUUAUAAACAAAAAAGUUACAGCCGAUGCCCGGCAAGCCUAUUUUCAAAAGCGUUCUGCGGUGAGCAGUGCUGUUCAGAACUAGAUUAUCUGAAAUAAAAAA